CAAGCCAUCUUGGCUCAAGUCGUGCUUGGUCAAGAAUGUCCAUGUCCUUGGCGGGUAAUGCACAGGCGGGAGGCGGAUGGCGGCGCCGUGGCCGCCCGCCCUGGCGCCGCGCGCGCUCCUUGGCGCGCUGCUGGCGCUCGCGUGCGAGGGCCUCCUGCUCGAUGACGCCGUGGGCCUGGUGCAGUCCUCGCUGCGGGCACCCAGCGACGAGCCCGCCCGCGCGCUGGGCGGGGGGUCAGAGGACGCCCAGGAGGAGGGGCCGCAGGACGCGGCCUUGGGCCCCUGGGCGCAGAAGCUGCGCCAGAGGGGAUACGCCAGCUGGUCGGACUGGAACGCCCACCAGAAGGAGAGCCACAAGAAGUCCCGGGCCACGGGCGGCCUCUUCGCCGACAGGGAGGCGGACGAGGCUGCGGCGACGGUGACGUCGCUUUCCUGGCCAGCCCACGAGGAGAUGCCCAAGCCAGCGCUCGUCACCAUGCUGAACAGGGGGCGCCUCGGCAAUCGCCUCUUCCAGUGGGCGGCGAUGCUGUCCAUCGCGAAGGAGGCGGGCGCGCGGGUCGCGGGCCGUGCGGAUGCCAGGUACACGCCCAGCUCGACCCCGCAGCUCGCCAGCCUCGGCGAGCUCAUCUGGUCGAGCGAGGAUCUCGAGUGGCUGAACACGCAGCCCAACAAGUGCCACAUGUGGGACAACGACUCCCCCCUCACGCUCGACUACGGCCUCGGGAACCUGUCCGACCAGACGCCCGUGGGCGAGCUCAAGGGCACAGUGCAGAUUCUGGCCGCGCAGAAGCCUCACAAGCGCAUGAACUGGGCGCACCUGUGGGCGGAAGCGAUCCUGACCACGCCGACCCCCAGUCCAUGCGCGGUCAUCGAGCUGGACGGAUUCUGGCAGCGGCCAGAGUUCUUCGUUGACCACCUCGACUGGCUCCGCCCGACCUUCUGGAAUUCGGAGGUCGCUAGCAAGGCCAACCACAUCAUGGACGCAUGGUUGAAGCAGACGGUCCCCGUGGGCGCGGUCGUGGGCAUACACUUGCGCCUUGGGGACUACAUCGCGAUGGGAAGAAACCUGAACAUGGGCUACUACAGGGACGGGCUACUGGAGGUCAAGCGACACCGCAACGUGGACGAGCUCACGUGCGUCAUAUUCUCGGACGACAUCAAUCUGGCAUCCAACGUCAGCUUGGAGCUGGAGUCGUGCACGAGGCGGCUCCCCGUGUACCCGUGCGCGGAGCCCGGCCAGGGGUACCACUGCCCGCACUCCGAGAGGGUCGUGAACGACAAGGUGAGCUUCUACAUGCUGAGCCAGCUGCCCAACAUCAUCAUCGCAGACUCCAGUUACUCCUUCUGGGCCGCCAUCCUGGCCCCCAACAAGCCGAUGGUGAUCACCCCCAGGGUGGUAGCGCCCGCGGGGCUCGCCAGGCACGGCGACUACGCGUACCUGAACUCACCCCUGUACGGCUGGUGGAACGUCAAUGCCUCCGUCGGCAACCACACCAGCAAGGCCGUCCAGGCGGCCUUCCAGGACAAGCUGAGGCUGAACCAGGCGCCUGCACCGCCCCGCUGGCAGGAAGCCGGCAUCAGGCUGCGGAUGGAGCAGGAGCAGGACUACGCCGCGCAGGUGCGGGCGAGCGAGUGGGCGGCCUGAGCGGCCCACCGUGAGGCCAGGACAGGCAGAAGAGAAGGUGAAGCCAGGCCAGGACAGGACCGUGAGGCCAGGACAGGUAAAGAAGGAAAAGCGGCAUAGACGUAAACGUUCGCCACUCCGCGCGGACUUCUUCGAUCGGCGGCCCCCUUGGCGGCGCCGCGCGCCAAGGCAAAAGAGGGCUCCAGCCGCGUAUCUCAGGCCACCGUGCCGCACCCCAGCCCAGAGGGUCCCCAUCCUCCGUGGCCAGCUGCGCAUCAGAGUGACCACUCGUCGGAGUGACCUGCGGUGCGGGCCCACAGGGGUCCCCCAAUCACUAGCCCGCGGGCGUGGGUUUUGGCCUCCACGCGGCCCCCUGAAGCCGCGCACCAAAGGUCACCUCUCGCCUGGGGCCAUCCUGGCGCGUGCCAGCAGGCUGGAUGCACAGGCUGCGGCCAGCCUGGGCGAGAGCUGGUCGCACACGUGGCCAGAUGGCUGCCCCGCGCUCGGCCCUGCCAGGGCCUGACACGCCGAGCCUCCGCGCGUGUACCCAGCGCGUGGCCUCGGAGUGUUCCACGUGUGACUCCGGCCGCGCGUGCUGCGGUGGCCAGCCUGGGGGCCAGGUGGCCCGACAGCGGAGCAGAGGCCCGGUGGCAGGCGCGGCGGAGGGCCUCUCUGCUCGGGCGCGCGAGCGGAGGGGGGAGGCGGCCCUGCGCCUGGCCCAGCUGGGUGACCCUCCCAGGGUCCGCUUCGGUGCGAUCGAGCCGGUUCGGUGUCGAUUCCGACCGGCCCCCUCUUGCUUCCCAUCUGUCCUUGCGCCUCUAGUUUUCUCAGCGCGGCGUAUUGCACAUUGGCCAA